AUGAACCGGCGGACCAUCAUCAUGACCGGCCGCGGAAAAGGAGGCAAGGGACUGGGCAAAGGAGGUGCCAAGCGUCAUCGCAAAGUGCUGCGUGAUAACAUCCAGGGAAUCACGAAACCGGCCAUCCGCCGUCUGGCUCGCCGUGGCGGUGUGAAGCGUAUUUCCGGCCUGAUCUACGAAGAAACUCGCGGUGUGCUGAAAGUGUUCCUCGAGAACGUGAUCCGUGAUGCCGUGACGUACACCGAGCACGCCAAGCGCAAGACCGUCACCGCCAUGGACGUCGUGUACGCCCUGAAACGCCAGGGACGCACCCUGUACGGUUUCGGAGGUUAA